AUGUUUCUUCAACUCCAGACUCAAAGAAGACUUUUAUUGUUUCUUAAAAAUCAAUUUUUAGUUAUAAUUAGAAUAAAACGCAAUUGAAUAGCUCAACUAUAUGUAUUUUUUCUUUCCAUUAUGAUUUUUAGAGCGAAAGAGCCUUAUAUUAUAAUAAUAUUAAUGCCUUGGCUAUUAAGCAAGAAACAGUCUCUAGCUAUUAUUUUAGGUACUAUAUUUGUAUUUGCUUUAUUUUGGUCAUCAAUAAUAUAUACUGAAGAAAAAAACCUCAAGAAUUUAAAUAUUAGCGACACCGAUGUGGUUAUGUCUGAAUCCAGUGAAAUUUCAGAUAACCGUAUAAAGCCUUCAAUAAAUAAAGAUCAAGAACAAUCCCACAACAAUGAAUCAAAAAUAAAUGCAGAGCCAUCCAGACAAUAUCCAAUAAAAUCACUUAUACUAAGCCCUAUUGCUAAUAUCACAAACAAAAUAAAAUGUUCUCCUCCACUGAGUGGCUAUACAAAACAUCAAAGCAGCCAAAGAUAUAAAUACGAAAACCGCCAACUAAGCUGCUUUAAUGAUCCAUUUGAAGUCUUUAGAAUCGAAAAUAACACCUUAAGAAUGGACUGCAAAGGGCUUCAACCUGCACAAUACUCAUUAGCAAACUCUCCUGAAAGCGAUAUUAUUGGAGAUGUAAAGUAUGCAGCUUCUUGGAAAUCUUAUAUAUCCCCAGUUGAUAUUGGGAAUAGUGAGUUUGGGUUUGCUAAGUGUGGGCCUUCUAAAAAGCAAGGUUGGCUUCAUAAUAGAUUUUCUCCAUCAGCUUCCCUUAGAGCUCAAGAGAUGAAGGAUACUAUAAUAAAUAAGCUGAAUUUAAAAAAUAGGCCAAAGCCUUUGACUGUGCUAGUUUUGCUAGUUGAUGCAGUGUCAAGGCAGCAUUUUUAUAGGACGAUGAAUAAAACCGUUGAUUUGCUGUAUAGUUUAUGCAUAAUAAUAAAUCACUAUAGUAAAGCAGAAUGCCGAAGACCAGGAAAAAUAUGGCCUAAGAAACUCGGUCUACAAUCCUAAGUUUAAUAAGGUAUCUUAGCACCAUAAACAGAGAUUUAUCAUUAAUUCGCACUUUUCAAAAAUUUUGGCAAGGGGAACUUUAUUUCAAUAAUUAAAAUAGAUGGCCAAUAGUGAUCUAUUAAAAUUCAGAAUUUAUAUAAUCUAAACGCAGAGAGUUCAGAUUUAUAUACAGUCUUCGACUUUUUCAAUGGUAACUCGCAUGGUGAAAAUACUUUGCCGAAUCUAGUUCCACUACUUUACGGGCAUACAUAUCAGGAGCACUUACUAAAAACUCAAUCGCUUUCAUUGAAAAAGGCUGAUGACGCAGAAAAAUACUCAAAAAUCCAAGAAGAGAUCAUAUGGAAGCAUUAUGAAAAAUAUGGAUUUGUCACGAUGUUUGGAUGGGAAACAAGGUGAGAUUAUUUCGCAGAAAUAGGAGGUAGAAAAGUUUUAUGUGACCAUACAGCAGCGAGCUUCUGAAGAGGGGCAGUUGAAAUAGCGGCUUAUACUGAUUUUAUUGAAAAGCAAAGGUGCAUAGGAAAUUAUCAUUCUCAUCAAUAUUUAUUAAAUUACACAAAAGAGUUUAUUCAGAACUAUUUAGAGCACAAUAAAUUUGGAUAUCUUCAUUUUGUAUCAGGCCACGAAGUUACAGGCUCUGUUGUGCAAAUGCUAGAUUCAGAUUUAUCUAAAUUUUUAGCUGAAACUAUAGAUUCUCAUAGAGAAAAUGACGAAGAUUUUGCUAUAUUUCUUGUUUCUGACCAUGGACUUCAUAUGGGCUCGUGAGAUAGAUUUCAAGAAGGGAUAAUUGAAAAUUUAUCCCCAUUUACCUUUCUUAUCACAAAUAAUAAUUUUUUAUCAAAAAUCGGCCCAAACACUCGUGAUAUCUUACUAAGCAACACACAAAGACUGAUUAGUAAAUUUGAUUUACAUUUAACUCUGAAACAUUUAGCCGCAGCCCCUUAUGAAGAUGCAACGGAAUAUAGUGAUUGAAAAAAAGAUGUUAAAAUAAGCUCACCAGUUUCACUGCUUAUUGAAGAAAUUUCUGAAAAUAGGACUUGUCAAGAUAUUGGAGUUCCCUUAUAUUGGUGCACUUGCCUAGAAUACAAUAAUGUCGAAAUAAAAGAUAUAAACGCCUUAGCACUUCAUAUAGCAAAUCAAACAAUUUUCACAAUAAAUAAAAAAAUCCAAAACGAUAAAGCUGACGAGUUCUGCUUAGGGGUAUCAUUAGGAGAAAUCUUAAAAGCUGAAGAAGAGACCAAAGAAAGUGAAAAUUACCCAGGGAAACUGUAUAAAGUUACUAUAUCUAUAAAAGAAAGAGAAGGAAUAAUUUUUAGUGCUUUUGCAUAUGUCGCUGACUUUAUUAGAGAUAAAAAAAUCGAUGCAGAAACUGAAAUUUAUCCUCUUUCCCAAUUUGAAAACUUUAAUGUCCAAAUCCAAAAAGUCAUAAGGGUGGACGAAACUGAUCAUUUUUGCUGCGCUUUCUCAGAAUUCGUGGGAGCGAAGUGCUCAUUUUGCGUCUGCAAGUAUCUCGAAACUUUUGAAAUCGAUAAAGGUAUGUCUGCGAAGAAAAAACAAACCUUUGAUAAGUUAAAAAGAAGUGUCACUAUAGCUAUAGGAAAUACUAAUAGGACUUGUGUAGAAACUUGCGAAGAAACUAAGAAAAAAUGCGAAGAAUGGGGGUUACCAAUAGGAAAUAAGCUAGACCUACUUAAAGAGCCUUGAAGGUCUCAAUCUGCAUCUCUUGUGUACAAAGAUGGAGGAUAUUUAGAUUUCAAGUCUUUGCGAGUUGACAAGAAAAUAAAUGGAGCACUACCUGGGCUUAUUUAUGAAAAUAAAACUUAUAUAUUUAGUGAAGCAGAUCAAGAGAAACUUGCAUGUGAUGUUAGGGAUCCUAUAAUUAUGCCAAUUUGUCCUUGCACACUUUAUUCAUAUAAUUAA